ACGACACAUAAACAAGUGUCUUUGACAGAAAAGCCGGUGGCUCCAGGGCCUGGCGAUAGCAGCACUAACAAAGCAGGGAAGUCGGGACCCCGGUCUAUUUACAAAGCCUACGUGCUGGAAAGGACACAGAUAAAGCCAUUCCCAGGAGCGACGCCACACAGCCUGCUGUGCCCGCCUCUCUCCUGCUCCUCCGACGAUAUCCAGGAUGAGAAGAAGCCAGCAGAUGGGGCCAAGGUUUAG